CCCCACUAUCUUUGUGGCAAGUGUGCAGAGUUUCCUGUGGAUGUUGCAUUAAAAGAGAAAGGAAGGUUGCAAAACGUCCUUUUUGGCAGGAAUGGUGAUUCAAUAGUCAGGUCAGCUCUAGAGUGUGUGAAUGGGUCUGUUGGAUGCUGAUUCUACCAAAAAAAUCUGUCUAUGAAAGAUGCACUCUAGGAUAUUUCAUCAGCACCCAUCCAUAGUGACUGUGGCAUUGGGGAUUACUUUCAUUGCAAUUACUAAUGAUUUGCUUCCAAGUCGAAUGGGGGUUCAGGCCUGGACUUAUAAUUACACCACAGACCCACCCUUGACCUGGGAGUCGGCUCGAAGCUACUGCAGGGAGCACUUCACCGACAUAGUGGCGAUCCAGAACAAGGCUGAAAUCGCCUACCUCAACAAGGAACUGCCUCGUAACAGAGGCUACUACUGGAUCGGCAUCCGGAAGGUAGAGGGGAAGUGGACCUGGGUAGGCACCAAAAAGGUCCUGACACCCGAAGCAGAGAACUGGGCCACGGGGGAGCCCAAUGACCUGGGCGAUGGACAAGACUGCGUGGAGAUCUACAUCAAGAGAGAGCUGGACAUGGCAAAAUGGAACGACGAGAACUGUAUGAAGAAAAAGGGAGCUAUCUGCUACACAGCCUCGUGCUCUAAAGAGUCCUGCAGUCAGUUUGGGGAGUGUGUGGAGACCAUUGGAGACUUUACAUGCAGUUGUCACCUUGGCUUUGAAGGCCCUCGCUGUGAGAGAGCUGUGGUGUGUGGGCCAGUGCAAUCUCCAGAGCAGGGCUCCGUGGACUGUCUCCACACCUUCGGAGAGAACGCCUACAACUCCAGCUGCCAGGUCCGAUGCAAUGCAGGCUUCCAGCUGCAGAGGGCAGCACAGCUACUCUGCCUGGCCACUGGACAGUGGGACCAACAAACUCCGUCGUGCCAAGCUGUAAAGUGUCCAGCAGUGUCUGGUGCCCCCGGUGGAGGAAGUAUGAACUGCAGCCACCCCUUCGCUCCCCACAGCUUCACAUCUACCUGUGAAUUCAGGUGUGAUGAGGGUUUCCUGCUCCAAGGAGCUCAGAGAACAGAAUGUGACACCACAGGCCAGUGGACACAGCCAACCCCCACCUGCACAGUGGUCACCUGUGAUCCUCUGGUGCCUUCUGGAGUUGACGCCACCUGUGAAAAUCCACUGGGUGCCUCAUCCUACAACUCUACCUGCAGUUUCUCCUGUAAGACGGGUCACACCCUGACGGGACCACUCCGCCUCACCUGCCUGGCAUCUGGAACUUGGUCAGCAGUAGCACCUGUGUGUGAAGUGGUACGCUGUGGCCAACUAAAUGCCACUCUUAAUGGCAAGCUACGGUGUGAAGACCCUUUGAAAAAGUUCAGUUACAGCUCCACCUGCUGGUUAGACUGUGAUAGCGGCUUCAUCCUCAAGGGAAGCAACUCCACAUUCUGCUCCGCCCGAGGCCAGUGGAGUCAUGCCCUUCCCAUUUGCCAGGCUAUUGAGUGUCCUGCAGUGUCUGAUGCCCCCACUGGAGGAGGCAUGAACUGCAGCCACCCCAUUGCUCCCCACAGUUUUAACUCCAGCUGUGAAUUCAAGUGUGAUGAUGGAUUCCUGCUCCAAGGAGCUCGCAGGAUAGACUGUAGCCACACAGGCCAGUGGACACCCAAGGCUCCGACCUGCAAAGCUGUGGUGUGUGGUCCAGUGCGAUCUCCAGAGCAGGGCUCCGUGGACUGUCUCCACACCUUCGGAGAGAACACAUACAACUCCAGCUGCCAGGUCCGAUGCAAUGCAGGCUUCCAGCUGCAGGGGGCAGCACAGCUACUCUGCCUGGCCACCGGACAGUGGGACCAACAAACUCCGUCGUGCCAAGCUGUGGAGUGUCCAGCAGUCUCUGGUGCCCCUAGUGGAGAUGUGAACUGCAGCCAUCCCAUUGCUCCCUACAGCUUCACCUCCACCUGUGAAUUCAGGUGUGAUGAAGGCUUCCUGCUCCAAGGAUUUCCAAGAACAGAAUGCAAUGCCACAGGCCAGUGGAACCACCCAGCCCCCACCUGCACAGUGAGAGAGAGAUCACUGGGUGCUGCUAUGAUAAUGUACACAGCAGUGGGGGCUGCCUCUGCCCUCGGCCUGCUUGGUUUGAUUGGUCUUGUAUUGCUUGCGCGACGCCUUGCUAAGAAAGCCAGUAGCAGUAAGGAUGAUAUGUUGUGGAAUACUGGAAUCAAUCCAGUAUUCGAAGACAGAUAGAACAGAACAGAAACAAAUAGCAAAGCAAAUGUAAAUGCAAAUAAUAGUAUAAAUGUAUGAAAUACUUCAUAUGCUUAAAUGUAUUUGUUGUAAUCAAAUAAAUGAUGAUGGUUAAGUGUCCUGUAAUGUCAGGAGCAAAAAGUGAACCUUCCAGACAGUCAAGUCAUGUAAGUCAUGAAAACCGCCCUGUCAAGACUGUAGGCUAAUGACUAUUGUUGUGGAAAUUGUGAGGAAAGGAGAUACUGCUGUACAUCACAUAUGCAUUGUUAUGGGUCAGAUAUGCUAUUAAGAUCUAAACAAAAUCUAUACAAAUGAUGAAUAUUCAAACACUGUAUUAUGUGGGUAGUUGACAUCU